CUCGAAGACAUUAAACCUCCAAACACGAACCUCUUGGACGAAGUACAAGGGACAAGAAAAGAAUCCAGCGCACGAUGACUGCACCCGAGCAUGAGACCUACCCCAUCGGCAGCCGCAAAGAAUGCGAGCGCCUGGUGCGAGAUUGGGGGUUUAACCAUGUCUUCACCUGGUCAGAUGGGAGCAAUGCGCACUACCCGCCUCAUUCGCACGCUGGGUUGACGACACAUCUGAUCCGCCAAGGGAGUCUGACCAUCACGUAUCCCGAGGAUAAUGCUGCGAUCCAUGCUGGAGAGGUCAAGAAGGAGACGUGCGGCGUAGGCGCGAGGUUGGAUGUGCCGGCGGGGAAAGUACAUGAGGUGUGGAUUGGACCAGAGGGAUGUGAGUACGUUAUUGGAGAAUGAAAAGUGAAAAGCCACGUUCUACCGUACCUAUCGAUCGUCUUUUGCAACUGCGACGACCUGCCACCGACCGUCGGGAGUCACACCGUGAUUUCUUUCACCGCUACUU